AAUACAAAAUUUGAAAGCUCGACCCACUCGGACGAUUUUAUCCCAGGCCAAUUAAAUAUAACCUGACGACUAAGUUUCCGGUGUAAAAUAAAGUAAUCCCCUUUUUGUCAUCUGUAACAUCACAUCUAUGGAUAUUUAAUUAAAUUGUCCUCUAGUCGAGUAUUUGAGAAGUGAACGGAAAUCAUCUGAAGUCAACUGAACCAAGUAUAGAUUAAAAUACCGAAGUCGAAAUCCAUUUAAUUCGGUCUGUAGGUUUCUUGCCAGCUUUAAAUCUUCGGAUAUCAAUACCUGGUAAAGAUUUAUCUGACUAUAAAAUAAAUACCACAUCAAAUAUUCGGAACAAAAGCAGAUGAGUGAUCCGACCUCAAAAUAUCCGUGAAUUUUUUUUGGCUGAAGAAAUAAUAAAAAAAAGAAAUAUGAAAAUAUCUGUUUUUCUAUCCUAUCCGCGCACCGCUUCCUACCCCUGAUAUUUUCUACAGUCGCCGUCCCUUGCUCCUUAUCUUCACGCGCGUCUUCUUCUUCAGCCAACCGCGCCGCUUCCUGACGCGCGCCCCCUCAGUCCAUGGAGCUCCCUGCUCCUCUGCCCCAAGCUUUUUCCUCGCACGAACAGCCCUCCGCUCGGCUUCAUCUCCCUCAGGUGCCGUCGGCCGGAUCUCCCAUGGCGAGUUUCCCCAGAUCGGCAUCCCUGCAGAGUCCAUGACCAAGCUCCCCCAUGGCGUCUUCCCCAUCCAUGGCGGUCCCUAUGCUCACGCCCUGAUGGCCGCCCUCUCUUUGCUCCUGGUGGUCGAGCUCGCCCCUGCCCAAGUUCGGUUGACUCUGUUUCCCUCUCUUUCUGUUGGUGGCUGGCGUCCCAUCUCCCCUGUAUUGGAUGGCCGUCGCUGGCGUUCGUCCCUGCUCUAGCUCUUCCAUGGUCGGCGCCUCUUUAGCUCCUCUCUGCCCCUGCUCGGACGGCGCGCCUGCUCCAGUGUCGCGCCCCUGCUCGACCACGCCUGGCCGGUUCUUCCUGCAACUAGCGCCCAGCCGAGCUCCUCCCAUCUUCUUCCUCAUCUCCAUAGCCGCGCAUCGUCAGUUCUCGGCCUUGGAGCUCCCAUGGCGCUCGGUCGCUCCUAUUUCCUCCCGGUUGCAGCUUGCUCGGUGCCCAGCCCCCAGCUCGGAUCCGCUGCGAGCUCACCGGAUCGCCUUCCCAUGGCCGCGUCUCCUCCCUAUUGUCGCGUCUCUGGUUCCCUGCUCGGCGCCUGAGAUUCCUCCCAUGGCCGGUGUUUGGUCCCUGCGCUCGUCCGGCCGAACUCCCUGGGCAUCGCGCUUGCUGUUUCCCCACGCGCGCGAGUUCGCCAGUGUUCGGUCUGCGCGCAGCCUCCCUCCCAACUCGGCCGCCUGCUUCUCUCCGCUGCUCGUCACGCCCAGCUGUAGCUCGUCGGAUCUCCCUCACCGGCGCGCGUUCCUCUCUCCGCUUGCCGUGCCCGGCCGAACGUCCCUGUGCAGCCCCAGUUCCUCGCUUCCGUUGUGUUCGAUUAAAUGUCGGAUCAAAAAUCCAAGUUGUCGCUCAUCCUCGCUGUGAAAUCCUCAUGCUCACCAUUCUCUAUUCGAUCUCGUCGUCAAGCUGAAGGCCGUCGUCGUUCAGGCAACUACCAAAUCGAGUUGUGGUGUGGUUGUUUCAUUCAAUGGCGAGAAUCAUGCUAUAAAAAUAUAACAUGUUCAUAAGAAAGGCGUACCGGUCUUCUCUGCAAGAAGGUGCUGUAAAUCCCCUUGGACUCGGUUUUGUGAUGGCAACCUUAUUUUCAAGUUAUGGCUUAGCUGUUUGGUAUGGAUCUAAGCUGAUAGUCGAGCGAGGUUACAAUGGUAGCAUGGUCAUUUCUGUUAUCAUGUCUGUCAUGAUCGGAGUAAUGUCCUUAGGCCAGGCAACACGAUCAGUGACAGCUUUCGCAGAAGGCCAAGGAGCAGCACAUAGAAUGUUCAAGAUAAUUGAACGCAAGCCAGAUAUUGACAUAGAUGAUAACACAGGUAUCAUAUUGGAGGAUGUCAAAGGUGAUGUUCAACUGAAGGACGUGUACUUCAGCUAUCCCACGAGGUCUGAAUUCUCGUUGCAAGUACCAAGUGGAACAACAAUGGCCCUGGUUGGUGACAACGGCAGUGGGAAAUCGACCGUGAUCAGUUUGGUGGAAAGGUUCUAUGACCCACAUGCUGGAGAAGUCUUGAUUGACGGGGUCAACAUUAGAAGAAUGAAGCUUGGAUGGAUGAGAGGAAAAUUUGGUCUUGUCAACCAAGAACCAGUGCUAUUCUCAACUACAAUCAGGGAAAACAUUGCAUAUGAAAUAGAAAAGCCAACACUUGAAGAUAUCAAGAGAGCGAUAUAGCUCGCUAAUGAUGCUAUAUUCAUCGAGAAGUUACCAAAUGUACAACUCAAUCUCUACUUUUCUAAUACUUGACUGGAAAGCCUUGUCUUUUUGUAUGCAUGAUCUGUUGUCAUUGUUGUCAUGGAUUUUAGCUGUUUCUAGCUUGCUCAACGAGUGAUUUCUGCUCU